AUGGCUUCGUCUCCAAGCCGGUGCGCCAGCUGCGGCGAGGACCACGAACGCUUACUGGACCUGUAUAUAACCAGUGACAUCCCCCAGUAUGAACAUGAUUCUCUGAAUGAGCUCUGCUGUCAACAACCAUCUCUCUUAAGUCAUCUCGAGAUGCAGCUUACAAUGAAUCUCAUGAUUGCAGGAGUUAUCCCAUUGCUGCUGACCUUGCACUGCAAGCUGUUGUCUGGAAAACCACUGCUGAUGAAGAAACGCAGUCUCAUGUGUCACAACUCAAGUCAAUGCAAUCAUCAUGUCUUUGGUCAGAUUCGGAACCAGGUGGCAGAGCUGAACAGGCUAGCCCCAGCACUACUGGAUGUCUAUCUGGAUCACCAAGGCUCACCAUUCACUGAUAAGCAGAAACUGAACGAUACCUGCCCACUUAAUGCCACUUUCCCCUCUAUAAAUCAAACAUGUAAAAAAAAGGAGAUCCUGGUAGCCCUGUAUAAGAUCUUUGUCUUUUUCAAUGCUUCAUUGGGCAAUAUUACCAGAGAUCAGAUGGACUUCAACCCUACUGUAACUCAGCUGCUACAAAACCUUAAUAACACCUCCGAUGCAGUACGAGGCCUCCUUUCCAACCUUACUUGCCUGCUGUGCUCUGAGUACAAUGUCUCUCAUGUAGAUGUGACUUACGGCAAUAGCUCUGAUUGGAAGGGAAAGUUCCAGAAGAAGAAGCAAGGCUGCCAGGUGCUAAGAUGGUACAAAGGAGUCGUCUUGGAGGCAGCUUCCAUCUUGAAUAAAUGCCACAAGCCGGUAUAA